ACUUCCUGUGCAUCUCAGCAUCAUCCCAUUGCGUUGAAAGGAUCACCGCAUGAGAGCAGAGAGUCGCUCAUUCAUUCGCAGCCAUUGAUGCGUCAUGUAGCGGACAUAGGACAAACAACAGCAGGAGGCAGGCUUGUUUUUUUUUAGCGAAAUAAAACAUAGAAAAUAAACCCCGAGGAUGUUUUAAAUAGAAGGAAGCUCGUCUAAGCCUUGAUUGCUGAAAAGAACCAAAAAAUAAAAAAACUGAAACUCAGACAAACUUGGCAUAUGCGUCGCCAUCCAGGGGUGUAGCCGUGGUGCGGUGCGGUGACUGUAGUGAGUCUCCGGUCGUGUGACUGAGGUGGAGGAUCGGGCAAGGUGGCCGAGCAGUCAGGAGGAUGCUGGAGGGCAAUGCCUGGAGAAAGAGAGUAUGAGAUUUGUCGAAAGGCGCUCGAGCUGCUCUCCGACUUGUGCUCCAAAGGAGAGGUGCAGGAUGACAACUGCUUGGAUUUCACCUACUACUUCAGGGACCUGGCCAGACCUCGCUACACGGACUCAGAUGUAUCGGUGAGCCUGUUGUCCCUGUUGGUGACCACCUGUGGUCUGGCUUUAUUCAGUGUCUCCCUAUUCGUAUCAUGGAAGCUAUGCUGGGUACCUCUGAGUGGCCGAUUUCUCCCAGAUGUCCUCAAGGGCGCACAUUUUCUGGGAGGGGACCAACAGCCUGUUCUAAUAGAGGUGGAUGGGGAUGAUCGGGAGUACAGUGAGGACGGCUGUAUGAAGGACCCAUCGGGCCUCCCAAUGGCUGUGUCUGUCCCGGAGUCAGGUCUGAAGAUCAGCCACACAUCACCUGACAUCCCCCUGGAGACCCAGGCCAAAGUAGACCAUGGCCAAGCCCAUACCUUGGCCCGGGACAGAGUGCAGCGACAAAUCACUGAACCCACCUCGUCAGUACGUCACAACUCCAUCCGGCGUCAGAUGAACUUGUCCAAUCCAGACUUCAAUCCUACUCAGUUCCAGCGGCAGGAUAGUUUGACGGGUUUAGGUCGGAUCAAACCAGAGCUUUACAAACAGCGCUCUGUGGACACAGAUGAUGGACGCAGGACAGACAACUGUGGACGUCUCCAUUUCAUCCUUAAGUUUGACUUUGAUCUGGAGCAGUUGAGAGUUAAGAUUCAUAAGGCUCAAGAUCUUCCCGCCAAGGACUUCUCUGGGACCUCUGAUCCUUAUGUGAAGAUCUACCUGCUGCCUGACCGUAAAACCAAGCACCAGACAAAGGUGCACCGCAAGACUCUCAACCCAGUAUUUGAUGAGGUGUUUCUCUUUCCAGUGGCAUACACCGAGCUGUCGAACCGAAAGCUGCACUUCAGUGUCUAUGACUUUGACAGGUUCACUCGCCAUGAUUUGAUUGGGCAAGUGGUGGUGGACAACUUCUUGGAUCUUGCAGACUUCCCGCGAGAAACUAAAUUGUGCCGAGACAUCCAAUAUGUCACUUCGGACAAUGUGGACCUGGGAGAGUUGAUGUUCUCAUUGUGCUAUCUCCCAACGGCUGGCAGGCUCACCAUUACCAUGAUCAAAGCCAGAAAUCUCAAAGCCAUGGACAUCACCGGUGCUUCAGAUCCAUAUGUAAAGGUGUCACUGAUGUGUGAGGGCCGGAGACUAAAGAAGAGGAAGACAUCCACCAAACGCAACACUCUAAACCCAAUAUACAAUGAAGCCAUCGUCUUUGAUGUACCCCCAGAAAACAUCGAUCAAAUAAGUCUCCUGAUAGCUGUCAUGGACUACGAUCGGGUUGGACAUAACGAAAUCAUCGGGGUGUGCAGGGUGGGUAAUGAGGCCGACACUCUGGGACGAGACCACUGGAGUGAGAUGUUGACAUAUCCACGCAAGCCUGUCGCACACUGGCACCCAUUGAUCGAGGUGUCCCAAAGACUCUGCAAGACCACUCACCAUUUGAACAGCCACCGGGUGAUGAAUGCAUGUCCACCAUGAAACGUUUGGCAAACCAGCCAGUUGUCCAAGUGUCAACACGAAGGCAGCGUUCACGCACAGAGAGAUGCAACUAUCCAUACCGAGUGCAACGGUCUUGUCUACAGUGAUGGGCAACUUACUUCCACAAUGUAAUACAUUUCAUAUUCGUAGCUAUUUGCAUUUGUAAGUACCGGUAAUACGUUUCUUUACAAUAUUACUAUCUGUGUAGAGUUAUAAGUUGUGUAUGUUUAAGGUCAUUUUCUUUUUUUAAAUUAGGGAUUAAUUGGUUGAGAAUCCGCCAAGAAAUGAAAGAAGCAGUCAACGGGUGAAGUAAUAUGAUAAAAUGACCAAACGUACAGCUAAACGGCCAGCUGAUGGGCAGCCAUGACUUCCGAAGAUGAAGCUAUUUUGACGAGGAGUUCCUCCCCUCGCGGUAUCUCCAGAGCGACGUAGAGGAGGAAGCUGUUGUGUGUGGCAAUGCCGUCAAAAACAAGGCAAUACAAGAAACCCGUUGAAUCAUUUG